CCCAUGCACAAAGCAGAGCAACAAGCUCUUUACUCUGCUGUUCAAGCCUUUGUGGGCAGCUGGUGGAACGGCUCAGAUCUUUAUCCUGACCCUUGUGGCUGGACCCCAAUUCAGGGAGUCUAUUGUGAUCUCUACAAUGACUUCUGGUAUGUUAGUGUUAUAAACAUCGGGCCGCUCUACGACAACUCUCUUCGGUGCACCACAAAUAUUGCUGAGUUUUCACACCACCUGUUCAACCUCAAGCACUUGAAGGUCCUCUCAUUUUUCAGUUGCUUCCUCUCACCAAGCCAAAACCCUAUAACAAUUUCCACUUCAAACUGGGAAAAGCUCGCAAACAGAUUAGAAUCCUUGGAGUUUCGAUCAAACCCCGGUCUCAUUGGAACAGUUCCAAACACUUUUGGUUACCUCAGAAACCUGCAAUCUCUAGUUCUGCUAGAAAAUGGAUUAGGAGGUAACUUGCCUGAGGAAAUAGGCACUUUGGUCAACUUGAGGCGGCUUGUCCUUGCAGGAAACCAAUUUUCAGGUCAGAUUCCAGAAAGCUUUGGAGGGUUGAGUAAGCUCUUAAUAAUGGAUGCAAGCAGAAAUAAACUGUCUGGUUCAUUGCCUUUGACUUUUGGAAGUUUGACUUCACUUCUAAAGCUGGACUUAAGCAACAAUAUGUUGGAGGGGAAGUUGCCUAGAGAGAUUGGAAGGCUAAAAAAUCUCACUCUUUUAGACCUUGGCAGUAACAAAAUAUCUGGUGGGUUAGCUCAGUCACUUGAAGAACUGGUUUCUGUAAAAGAAAUGGUGAUAUCCAACAACCCAAUAGGGGGUGGCUUGAAGAGCGUUGAGUGGCAAAAUCUGCAAAGCUUGGAAAUUUUGGACCUUUCAAACACAUGCUUGACAGGGAAAAUUCACAAGUCCAUGGCAGAAAUGAAAAGGCUUAGAUUUUUAGGACUUAACAGCAACAAUCUCUCAGGAAGAGUAUCUCCAAGGCUGGCAGCUCUGCCUUGCAUUGGUGCUCUUUACCUUUAUGGCAACAAUUUCACUGGAGAACUUGAAUUCUCAGAAUCCUUUUAUAGGAGGAUGGGAAGGCGCUUUGGAGCUUGGAACAACCCAAAACUUUGUUACAGGGCUGAAGUAAAUUCAACAGGCCAUGUUCCUUAUGGGGUAAAAUCAUGUAAGCAAGAAACCACUAUUAAUAUUUCUGGUAAUGUUCCUUCAAAUGCCAAGUUCAGUGAAGCAAAUUGGGAUCACAGUAUCCAAUUUGUGGCAUCCUUGGGAUUUUCAAGUUGUAAUCUUGAUGGGGUUCUGUGGGUUAUUAUUUUCCAAGGGAUGUUGUUUAUUCUUCUUCUUUGA